AAUGUUCCAUUUGAAAUUCAAAAUUUAGGACCACAAUUCCUUAAGUUGUAUCACAAAGCUCUGAAGGAAGGUAAAAGUAAAGUCUGUCGUAUAAGACUCAUGGUGCUGGGACACUAUGGAGCAGGAAAAACGAGACUUCGAAAAGCACUACUGAAACAGUGUUAUUAUCCAAAAAAUGACCGUGAAACCAAUGGCGUCGAAGUUGAUCCUAAUGUAUCAACCGUGUCCAUAAACAGGUGUUUGUCUUGGGAUGCUAAUGAUGAAGAAGAUGACUUUAAGCAUUCACUUAUAGCUGAAGCCAUUAUAGAAAGCCUUCAGGAUGAUACUUGCAGUGAAAAAGAUGACAUUCCUGUAUUGAGUGAUGAGUAUAUUUUACAUGACCAGGCACCUGAAUUGGAGUCUAAUAUUUCAAGACUACCUCAAGAGUCAGAAACCUGUGUGAUGGCACACUCUGCAGAGAUGGAGUCAGGUGAAAAUCCAGAUAAAAAUUUGUCAAAACAGGCAUCAAGUCUUGAAUCUGAUCUUGAAUUUGACAUUGAUCAGAUUGACAUUUCAGAAGAUACUAAGGAGAUCCAUGAAGCAGUAAAGAGAUUAUUUGCAAGCCAAGGUAGUGUGGAAAGAGAUGAGUGCAAAGUUCAGCUUUCAAUUUGGGACUUUGGGGGCCAACAUGUGUAUUACACUACUCACCAAACUUUCCUGUCCCAAAAAGCAAUAUAUUUAAUGGUAUUGGAUGCCAGCAAUGAACUUGAUGAAGUGAUAUCUACCUACAAACAGUCCUCUGAGGGACCAGUGCUUGACAAAACAGUGCCACAGACUGUAAAGGAACACAGCGACUACUGGUUGGAUUCUGUCCACAGCUUUACCACUGGUCAAACUGUGGACGAAAGUGAAUGUCCACCUGUGAUUAUUGUUGGUACCCAUAAAGAUGAGCUUACAGAAGCUGAGGUUGAAACAUUUUGCAAAAAUGUACGGCAACAUUUGAAAGGGAAGCACAGCCACAACCAUCAUGUUUAUAACAAGAAAUACUUCGUGGUCAACGCUACUGAUGAAAAUGAUCCUGAACUGAAUGCCCUCAAAGAGUGUAUAAUGGACAUUGCCAGAGAACAGCCUUAUUGGGGAGAAGACCAUCCUUGCAAGUGGCUAGAAUUAGAGUCUCAACUGCGCAAACAAAGCAAGAAAAAGGUUAUGAAGCUGGAUGAUGUCUUACAGUUAGCAGGGAAAGAACCCAUAUCCAUGACAGACCUGACAGAAGUCAAAGCAUGUCUAGUGUUUCUUCAUGCUUUGGGAGAGGUGAUCUAUUUUGAUGAAAAAGGACUUGAGGACGUUGUAAUUUUAGAUCCACAGUGGCUUGUGAAUGCUUUUCGCUCCAUCAUAACUUUACCUAGGUAUGAGGAUCGCUCUCACAAUACACAUGAAUUCUGGGAUAAGCUCCAUGAAGAAGCCAUCUUGGAUGAGAAAUUGGUCAAUGCAGUUUGGAGAAACAUGGUCCGUUGUGACCCUGCUCUUUAUGAAAACAAGAUGGCAAUUUUGCAUGUCAUGGAGAAGUUUGAUAUUAUCAGUAAACAUCCCAAGUGCAGCAAGUCUGGUUCUGCCCAGUAUUUUGUCCCCUGUCAAGCCAAGAAGGUCCAAGAGGAAACACCAAUUUGCAGCCAAGAUAGGGAUGUUCUUCAAACUUCUUUAUGUUAUGAGUCCCAACAGAAAUUUUUCCCAAACUGUCUAUUUCAUAGGCUAGUAGCUGCUUGUCUACACAGAUAUGAACUAUACAAUGGUUGUCUACAUGCCAACUGUGUGCGACUGCAAUUGGAUCCUGCUGCCAUGCUUGUGCUCACCUUGUGGAAAAGACCAUACAGCAUCCGUCUUGAGAUGGAGGAUUCAAACAAGCCCCACUCCUCUAAAGAUUUGUAUGUUGCAGCACGGAAAUUCAUUGAAGAACAACUGAAGAAGGUGGCCAGAUUAUAUUGUCCCAAUCUUUGCACCAGUUGUCUUAUCUAUGAUCCAGGUUGUAAGAACUGGGCAAAGUUAAGUCCAAGUAUGGUGGACUCCAUGUGGAAGUGUCCUUGCAUAAGAUGCUCUGCCUGCAAUCGUGUAUUUUCUGUGGAACAUUAUCACAUAUGGUUUGAAGAACCAAAGGAGGAGAAAAUAGCAGGCUCUUCUAAACCAACUAAACGGCUGCACUUUGGCCAGGAUUCUCAAAUUAUGGGAAAUGCUCCUAAAUGUGCUUGCUGCAGCAGUCAAAAGUCCCUGCCACUCUCCUCCGGGUCCAGCAAUUCAGAAACCACUGCCAACUCUUCAAAAAAGCCCAUAAAAACUGGUAGAAAAAGGUCUGAAGGAAAUACCUUGAAAAGAAGGGGAAAAGAACCAAACCCCAAUCCUGUUCAUAAAAUAGGAAGGUUUUCUUCUAGCGAGACAACAGGAAAGGACAGAAAUACAGUUAAAGAUGCUAAAAGAAAACGAGUUUUAAGUGCCGAAGAUGCAGAAGAAGAACAUUGUGUCCCAUGCAAGAAGAGACAGGCUACAUCAACUGGUACCAGCAGGUACAAAAGCAAGAGGGUCUCCUCUGGAAUAAGUGGGCGUUUGAAGAGAGUUGUAUCUAUGAAACAAGAUAAGACAAAGAAGGAGUCAACACCAAGAGGGGGUAGUUCUGGCAGGCGAAGAACUGCUACAGUGACACAGGAGGGUGGCCCCGAGAUUAUUCCACCUGUGAAGUAUGCUUGUAAAACUACAUCAACAGCAAGCCAAGGAGGUACAUCUAUACAGAGGGAAGUCUAUAAUGAGAGAUAUACUGUUGAAACCCCAGUCCAUACUCAGGUACCAGUUCAAGGGCAUUUUCCUCAAGUUCAUGGUCAGUCACCUUUGCUAGUUCAAAGGUCAAUUUUCCCGCAAGGUCAAGGGCAUUCCUCUCUUCAAGGUCAGUCAUACCCACAAAUGUUCCAAAGUCCAAGUCGACAUGAAUUCAGAGAGCAUAGAUAUCAACCACCAGAAGAAUUGAAGAACUAUAAAUUUAUCAGUAAAAAACUUUCAGAUGAAUUAAAUGCCGCAUUCCAGCAAGAUGAAGUGUGGGACGCAGUUUUGGGAUAUACCCAUUAUCCAGAACCAACCAUCCCCAGUGCUGAGGAUUUGUUUAGACCAGAUGGGCCAUCCAGAUUUGACAUUGUCUUCUGCAAGGUGAACUGCUCUCUGAAACAUCUGUUGAAGCUGGUGAACUUCUUGAGUCAAGAGUGGCACGUUUCUUUGGCUGUUGUCAUGGAGACAAAGGUAUGUAAUAAUAGGGAAGCCGAGUUUGGAUGUCUACGUAGGAACAAAACAUUUGUCAAAGAAAAUAUCUGCAACCCAGUUCGUUUGUUGGAUUAUUUGUAUGAGAAGGAUGUAAUAGGUGAAAACCAGAUGGAAGAAAUUAAAAAGGCUGAUGAAAUAUCACCUCAAGAAGCAUGUGAUGCUUUGAUCGAGGCACUAUUGUCCUGUGACUGUACUAAGGAUCCAAUGUGGCACUUCAAAGUGGCAUUGAAAACCACAGGUCAAGGUCACAUUGCAGACAAACUUGUACCUAAGCGCGAUUCUAAGGAGAAUAAAAAAUCAGUGGAUGCAACAUAAUCAAUCAGCUUUAAUGCAAGAUUAUUUAUGUAUUUAAACAUUAUGUAUUUAUACAAAUAUAUAAUAUAUGCACUUUUUUUUAAAGCAAAGUACAAUCCAAAUUGUAUGUGUGAUAUUUAAAUAAAGCCAAUGUGCCAGUUGUUUCCAUCCAUAAAAUUUGUAUAGUUUGGUAAAUCAUGCAUUUUUUUUAAAUGUUUAUAUUUUUGACUGCUGUCAUUUGAAGUUAUUUUUAGUGGUAACAUUGAUCACCAAAAGAUGAUUUUGGUAUAAUUUUGCAUUUUUAGAAAAAAAGGUUAAAAUUUUAAUAAUGAUAUAAACUUUAUUUUUUCAUGCAAGUUAUUUGAGAUUCCAAUUAAACCAAUGCAUUUUAGAAUUAAUUGUGCCAUUAGGUGUGCUUUUUGCAAUUUUGCUGAUGGAUUAAUAUAUUAAUAUAUAAAUGUUCUUUUUUAAACCGUACUUUAUUUCUAUUUUUAACCUAUUCCAGGAUUUAUUUCAUUAAAUGAGCUUUUGUUUAUUUGCUGAUGGAUUAUAUAAUGUGGCUGUACCUUAUAUGCAUAUAUUUAACCCAUUUCAGAAUUAAUAUCAUUGGAUGCACUUAAUUCACUGAUGGAUUGUUUGUACUAUGAACUGUGCAUUUGUAUGUAUAUAACUAUGUAUUUAUGUAUAAUUGGGUAGAUACAGCAGGUGUAUCAUCCAGUUACAGUUUGAACGCGAUAUGUAAAUUUAUAGAAAAACAAUUGGCAUACCAGAAUUAUAUAGAAUGACUCCAUUAAAUUUCGGGACAUUGCGUCCGCCUAUGUCAUCAGGUGACUGGAGAUUCUACACGCAAGGACCCUUAAUUUCUUUGUGCAGUCGCAGUGACCGCUAUCGGAGCAAACAAGCGACUCCUGGAUAAAGAACAUAUUGUAAACUGCAACUGCUAAAUAGCUAGAGAAACUAAAACUUACCGCAUUCAUGUAACAGUCAGCAAUUGUACUGUUGAUCCUUGCUUGAAGUUGUGCAGAAUCUGUCACUGUACGCUUCAACAGAUCGAGUGAACUGCUGGAAAGUUCUCAUAGAGGUAAAAUGAAAUUUUUUGAACUGAAGAUUUCAGUUGCAGAUUUGAGAUAACUUGUAGCUUAAUUGUAUCAUGCUCGUGAACAGAAUGAAUCAAGCAAAAUGAGGCCAGGCAGUGAUGCCCCAUGGUAUAAGUAGCAACAUGUGCCUCUAAGGAGAUUACCCCUCUAGGGCACAAUUGAGCAUGAGCAGAAUGCACAUGUGCUUAAAUAAGCUCUCUGGAGAUUGUUGUCGCCAUAAAAUGUCGUUUGACUACGCCAAACUUUCCUUUAU